AUGGUAUUCCUUUACAUAUUUACGGAUAAAAGCAUGUUUCAAAAGUUGAUACUUACUCUCAGCCUGACUAUCACCCGAAUUGACGAUUGCUUAGGUUUAAACGCUAAUAGUGCAGAAUUUGGGCCGUUUUUUUUAUGGCAGGUGGUCCUUCCUCGUCAUUUUGCGUGGUUGAUGUUUUCAUCAACAAUAGAUUUUUAUUUUCUUCCAUGGAUUAAAAAGGGUCAUAAGAAAAAUGAUACGGACAUUUCAAUAUCGAUAUCACUACAACAACCUCCACUCACUCCUUUAUUGCAGCCUGCGGUUGAAGAAGUAAUCCAUGGAUAUACUAUAACUGAAGAAUGGUACUCUGGAAGUACGAACAACGUGUGCAAAGCAAUUAAAGAUUCCCGGGAAUACGCUCUAAAAUUCUUUAAAGACGAAGCUGCCUUUAAAUAUGAAGCUGCUAUUUUGACCCUUUUGAAAAAUUCUCAGGUUGAAAAUAAUAUAGUCCAAUUGAUUGAAAUUCUUGAGACGGAAAAAAUUAUUGUCCUCGAACAUGGUAUUUGCGAUUUACAAACUUACAUUCGAAAACCGACUUGGAUUCAAAGUCGUCAACAUAUUGAUGAGAUGAAGAAAAAAAUCGUAAAGGAUGUUGUCGCGGGAUUGGAACAAUGCCAUAAAAAGGGGAUAAUUCAUACAAAUUUGACACCAAAGAGCAUUGUUUUAUUCCAUCAGGGUGCUGAAAAUCUUGGGACGUGGAAGUUGAUAGAUUUCGACACAUCACGUAAAAUAUCGGCCCCGACAACAAUAAAUACCGUAAAUUAUUGUAGUCCCGAAGUCGCAAAAGCUGAUUUUGUCGGCAAAACAAAGAAAGCACACCCAUUAAUGGAUAUGUUUUCCUUUGGCUUAGCUCUUUUUUUUAUGGAAACCGGACAUCAUUAUUGGAAACGAAGGGAUUUAUGGUCAAUUGGGCCACCGUUAACAAAAAUAGAAAAGUUAGAAUUUCUUCGGUCUAAGGAAUCCCUCACCGUAAACGUCGAUGAUAUUGAUGAUAUUAAUAAAAGGGACAUUAUAAAUCAUUUAUUAAAACCGAAGAAACAAAGAAUGACAUUAACGCAAUUCAAGAAAACUAUAUAUUAUUCCUCUGAGGAUAACGAAGAUAUAAUAAACGCGAUCAUUCUGUUAGACAGAGAAGAGGAAGAUAAAUACAAGCAACUCAUGAGUCUCAUUCCACAGGAAUGGGAAAAAAUCAGUCCGCAGCUUUUCAAGUUACGAAGUGAAAAAAUACCACGUUUAUUCAUCGUUAUUCCCGUCAGUCCAUCUUGGAAAAAUCCAAGGACCACGUAUGACAGAUUUCCUCAAGAAAUAAUAGAUCAUGUCACAAAAUUGUUUCAUGUUCCCAAGUCUUCAAAUCUUUUAAAUCACAUCGCUAAAAUUGGAGAUCAGAUACAUCAAAUAGCGAAUGAACUUCCACCAGUCACCAAUAGUCAAGUUGAAGUUCUUGAUCUUGAUGAUGAUGCCUCUCACUAUUAUAUACUUAAUUCAUUCGGGCUUCGUGAAUUGAAAGAAUACUUUAACAGCACAAAUAUAAUCCCUGGACGUCUUAUUGAAGCUCGUCGUAAUGAUACCAAUGAUUUUGUUUGGAUUUGUGAACGUCAUUCACAUGACCAGCUUUAUGAGGCAAAUUUCUUGGCAUCAGGUUCAAAUGUUUCGCACUCUUCACAUAUUGCAGACGAGGAAAGCAUUCCUGUCAAUAAUGUUAGGGCAAUUAUAAGUGAUAUUGUUGAAAAUGUAAGCUUUCGUCCAAAACUUAUUAACGAAUUCAAAAAUAUUACUACCUCAACUAUGGAUGUUCUUGAAUUAUGGUUUCAAGAUGGUAAUGCCACCGUUAAUGAUAGGGAACUUUUUGCGGAUUCAUUAGAAAAAUACAAUGAGCUUCUAUUACGAUUAUUGAGUUACCAAGUUCAUCGCAACCACGCAAAGAAGACUCUUUGGGCCAGUACUAGGAAAGACCGACAAGAUAUUAUAAAAUUAAGGGAGGAGUACAAGGUGAAUAUGAUAAAAUUGAUGUCAGAAUUGAUCGAUAAAUCGGCGAACAUUAUACUUCCUGGGUUCAAAGGAUCCAGAGUAUCAUAUGAUGAUUCUUUUCUAAGGUAUGAAGAUGAUAAGUUUGCUACGUGGAUUACUCGUAUAAAUGAACUUUAUGAAUUAUAUAUCAAACAAAUCCGAGACCACUGUCUUUCAACUACACUCUUGCGUGAAUCUUAUAUACCCACAAGUAAAAUUAAAGAACUUUCAAACGUUAAUAAAAGGCAUGGUUCCACCUUCUGUGUAGUAAAAAGUAAAACAGAUAAUAACAUGGUAGCAGAAAAACGUCUGCUCAAGAAUGCCAUAAAUUUGGAUAUACUUUAUAGUGUGGAGAAAGAAAUUUAUUUGUUCAAACGAUACCUAGCUCCCUGUGAACAUAUAAUUGGGUUUUUCGGUGUGACUGUGAAAAGUAAUACACCAUGUUUAUUGAUGGAGUGGGCACAGGACGGAAAUUUGUAUCAGUAUAUGAAAGCAUAUAAGACAGUGGAUAAAAAGGGAAUGAGUUGGCAGUUUAAAAUUGGAUUAGCUUUAGAUAUUGCUAAAGCUGUAAGCUUUUUGCACGAAAAUGGAAUCAUACACUUGGACAUUCGUAGCCAUAAUAUACUUUUGAAUUCUGAUAAAAAGGCUAAACUCUCAAAUUUUCUUUGGAGUCGAAAACUCGAUGGCGAACAUACAUUAGUAUCUCCUCCCGCAAACUAUAAACAUAUCUUACGUAAUCGAUGGAUGGAGCCACAACAAUUAUUAAACCCACCACAGAGUAAAUUGGACUCUAAAUCUGAUAUUUAUAGCAUGGCCAUAUUGUUCUGGGAAAUUACUGAUGGUCGGGGGACCCUACCGCACGCACACAUACCAGAUAGAUUGCUUAAACAAUAUGUGGUUGAUCAAAAAGGGCGAGAUGGAUUACCUUAUGAUGAUGAAUAUCACAUUUUCAACAAAUUGGUACGUAAAAUGUGGGCGUGGUAUCGGCCCCACAGACCUGAAAUAAUGCAAGUUGUAGCAACUCUUGAAAGACUUUCAAAUAUUAAGGGGAAGAAUAGAGACGUUAGCAGUGGAAUACUCAAGAAGUGUGGUAUAAACAAGUUACAAAAUUAA